AUGGAUUCAGACGACGAAAUCGAAGAAAGUAAGUCGUGGAAAGGUGUUCCAGCUACAAUAAUAUGUAUCAAUACCUACGAUCGAACAAAUAAAACUUCAGAAGUGGCUCAUGCUGCGACUUGUCGAAUGAUCCGACAAUGUUUACGUUUAUCAGGCUCUAACUUUGUGGGAGUAUGUCUUUACGGUACUGAAGUUACAAAUUCUACAAUAUUGGGCAUAAACAGCGUUGAAGAAGUGUUUCCUCUAAAAUUACCAACUCUAGAUGAUUAUCGGAAAAUCAAAAACAUUAAAAUUACGAGUGUGAAACAAGUACCAAAUUUGAUAUUAUCAGAAGUCUUGUGGUAUUGCAGCAGAGCAUUUGCAAGUUGCAAGAGGCAACUUUCAUCACGCAAAAUUAUUUUAUUGUCAAAAUUGGACAUACCACCACUUCAAUCGGAUCAAAAUCAUACAUUUAAGAGAGUGAUUGAAUUAUCAGAUUCUAAUAUUGAUGUAAAGCUUAUUAAUGUUUCUGAACAUGACUAUGAGAUUGAUUCAUUUUAUAGUGACUUCUUACGCAAUACAGAUAAAAAUACACAAGAGAUUAAUUUACCGAAACCUGUUUGGGAUAAGAUAGAAAUUGAACAAUUAUUGCAUCAGCAGUCACAUCGCCAUUUAGCUGUUGCACGCUUAAGCUUUGAAAUUGGUGAAGGCUUAGCCAUUGGUGUAGGAGUGUAUAGCCUUACCAAUAGUACUAGCCAAGCUCCGAAAAAGACAGAUUUAGAUAGAGACACUAAUGCAAUCCUUACAAGGGUUAACAAAACUGCUAAAAUUGCCGUCAAGGAUGAUUCAAACAUGGACAUAGAUGAAGAACAAGCACCUACACCAGUACCUGUACUCAAAUCUGAAGUACUUCACUAUAAAACAUUUGGUGGAGAGAAAGUGCAAUUUACAGAAGAUGAAAUGAAAAUACUAAAGAAUCCUUUUGGUCCACCAGUCUUAAAACUUUUAGGAUUUAAACCUGCUAGUUUUAUGUGUAAAGAAAAAUGGUUUCUUAAACCUUGUUACUUUUUAUUUCCCAAUGAGGGUAUAAUUGAGGGCUCAUUUGUUGCUUUUAAAGCAUUGCACAAAGCUUGCAUGGAAACUAAUGUGGUGGCAUUCUGUGUUCUUUCCACAAGAGUAAAUUCUAAACCAAUGAUUGUUGCUCUUUCCCCAACCACCAAACCCUUCGGUCUUGACGUGGAUUUAGGGUUUGAUGUUAUAAUAGUGCCUUUUGUAGAAAAUGUUAGACCACUUUCAUUUGAUGAUGAAGAUUUACAAAUGUCCGUUGCAGACGAACAAAAGAACACAAUGAAAGAAAUUUUAAAGGAGUUGCAGUUUAAUUAUAAGCCUGAAAUGUUUGAGAAUCCAAAAGUACAAACACAGUAUAGAGCCAUAGAAGCAAAAGCUCUGGAUGAUGAUGAUGAGGAAGAGGAGGCAUUCAUUGACACAACAAAACCUGAUUUUAGCAGAUUCCAAGAGCUUAAAGAUGAUGUAUUUCUAGAACUUUUUGGACCUUUUGGACCAGUUGCAGUUAAGAAACCUACCACAUCUAAAGAAAAAGGUCCCACAAACAAAAAACCAAAACAAGAAAUUGAUGAAUCAUUAUUUCAACACCGUCUUGAUAAUAAUAAAGUAAAAGAUUAUACAGUUGUGCAGCUUAGAGAUAUAUUAUACUCUAAAGAUCUUCCAGAUUUACCUGCUUUGAAUGGUUUAAAAAAGAAUGAGCUUGUUGAAUUAGUUUAUAAGUACUGUAAAUAA